AUGGAUGAGGCUUCAAUUGAGAUUAUUGAGAAAGGAUCUGAAGAACAAGGAUCAUCCAAAGUAAGACAGACAACACCUUACAUGACAAAGUUUGAAAAGGCAAGAAUUUUGGGAACUCGUGCACUUCAGAUCAGUAUGAAUGCACCAGUCAUGGUUGAAUUAGACGGUGAAACAGAUGCAUUAGUGAUUGCCAUGAAGGAGUUGCGAGAGAAGAAAGUUCCAUUGAUCGUCAGACGAUUUUUACCCGAUAAUACAUAUGAAGAUUGGGAUGUAAAGGAUUUGAUUGUAGAAUAA